AUGCUGCAAUCCAGGGCUUUGGUGAUAGCUCUCAUUCUACUCCUUAGCACCACUUUCCCAGAAGUGCACUCAAAGUCCAUCUUUGAGAGAGACAACCGCCGUGACUGGUUGGUCAUCCCUGAUGCAGUUGUUGCUUAUAUCUAUGAAACUGUGAACAAGAUGUCCCCUAAAGUUGGUCAGUUCUUGGUGGAUGCUGCCCAGACUCCAGUAAUUGUUGGUACCAGGAACUUCCUCAUUAGAGAGACAUCUAAACUCAGUAUACUGGCUGAACAGCUGAUGGAAAAAAUAAAGACCCUGUGGAAUACAAAAGUCCUAGGCUACUAG